UGGUUUUUUCUCUUUUGUAAUUUCAACUUGUUGGUAAAAAGUGAUGAAUGCCAACAAAUAAUGACAAGAAAAUAUUAAAAUAACGAAAUAUAAAUUUAUUAAUUUUAUUAAAUAAUAUGAAACCCGGAUAUAUAGAAAGGGUGUGGGACACUGUGGGUGCAUUGGAGUUUCGAAUGCGCGAUAGGAAAGUGGAAUUGGAGUUGACGAUUCGCGAUUGGAAAGUCGAUUGGAAGUCCGGAGCGCCUGAUCAGAAUGUAUACUCCUAUGCCGAGGACGAUACAGUGGAAGAUCCGUUCCUUGCAGAACAUAUUGCACACUUUGGAAUUAACUUUACCGCACUAGAGAAGACAGAGAUGACGACAGCGGAGAAGGAGUUGGACCAGAACUUGAACUUCGAUUGGUUUCGCAUACAAGAGAAGGGUAAAGAGCUGGAGCCGCUUUUUGGCCCUGGGUACACUGGGCUUGCUAAUCUUGGGAACAGCUGCUAUCUGGCAUCUGUGAUGCAAGUGGUGUUUUCGACCCGUGAUUUCCAGGAAAGGUAUUUCAACAAUCUACCUUUGCGUGACGCCUUCAACAAUGCUCUGGCGGAUCCAACCUUGGAUAUUGUUGCACAAUUGGCAAAGCUGGCACAUGGUCUUCUGUCAGGGAAAUAUUCUGUUCCAUCUGUGGAGGCAUCUUCGAAGGAGGCUGCAGAGGGUGAGAGUGUUAUGCAGGCUCAAGAAGGCAUUCCGCCGAGAAUGUUCAAAACUCUCAUCGGGACAGGGCAUCCUGAAUUUUCAAGUGGAAGACAGCAGGAUGCUCUCGAGUUUUUUCAGCAUCUCUUGGAUGUUGUGGAACGGACGGAUUCAGGACGAAGCGUCGAUCCAUCCAAGUGCUUUCGGUUCUUGGUGGAGGAGAGAAUUCAAUGUGCAGCCUCUGCAAAUGUGAAAUACAACUACAGAGCUGAUAAUGUGCUCUCGCUAGGAAUCCCGCUCGAUGCAGCUGUAAACAAAGAGGAGGUAGAGGAAUACAACAGAAAACAAGCAGAGAAGGCAGCUGCUGGCGAGAAAAUGGAUGGAGCCGCAGUUCGCCCCAGAGUUCCUUUAUCGGCCUGCUUGGAGGCUUUUAGUGCUGAAGAAGAAGUAGCAGAUUUCUACAGCUCUUCCAUUGGAGGAAAGACGACUGCCAUCAAGCGAACUAGACUACGAACAUUUCCCGACUGCUUAGUUCUCCACAUGAAGAAAUUUGUGCACGACGUGGGAUGGGUUGCUAAAAAACUGGAUGUAUUUAUCGAUGUGCCCGAUGAGAUAGAUCUCAGUCAUUUGCGAGGAAAAGGAUUACAGCCUGGAGAGCAGGAGCUCCCAGAUACACCAGAUGUCGAUACUCCCAUAAGAUCAUCGAGUGGAGGGGGUCCAUCCGUCGAGAACAGCACUGUGCCUGUUGAUGAAGAAUCACUGGGGAUGCUGACUGCUAUUGGCUGUUCGAAAGAGGUUGCACGAAGAGCCUUGCAAGAAACGGUUAUUGAGAAAUAGGGGGAAACCUCUUUGCCCUGUAUCAGGCGCCAGAUAC